UGACUGUGGGCAUUUCAGCAGGUAGGACUUAAAAGCAGUUACACAUCCGGCGCCACCGGAAGCAGCUUGAAAAUGGCGUCGUCCUCGCUGGCGCGGCCAGAAAAAGCUGCUGGAAAAAGUGAAUUUCGUAACCAGAAGCUGAAGCCGGAAAACCAAGAUGAAUCAGAACUCCUUACUGUUCCUGAUGGUUGGAAGGAACCAGCUUUUUCCAAAGAGGACAAUCCUAGAGGACUCUUGGAGGAGAGCAGUUUUGCAACUUUGUUCCCCAAAUACAGAGAAGCUUACUUGAAAGAGUGUUGGCCAUUGGUGCAGAAAGCCUUAAAUGAACAUCAUGUUAAUGCAACCCUGGACCUGAUUGAGGGCAGUAUGACUGUUUGUACUACAAAGAAGACUUUUGAUCCAUAUAUCAUCAUCAGAGCCAGAGAUCUGAUAAGACUGUUAGCAAGGAGUGUUUCGUAUGAACAGGCAGUACGAAUUCUUCAGGAUGAUGUUGCAUGUGACAUCAUUAAAAUAGGUUCUUUAGUAAGAAAUAAAGAAAGAUUUGUAAAAAGAAGACAACGGCUUAUUGGUCCCAAAGGAUCUACAUUGAAGGCAUUGGAACUCUUAACUAAUUGUUAUAUUAUGGUUCAGGGAAACACAGUUUCAGCCAUUGGACCUUUUAGUGGCUUAAAAGAGGUUAGAAAAGUAGUCCUAGAUACUAUGAAGAAUAUUCAUCCAAUUUAUAACAUUAAAAGCUUAAUGAUUAAAAGAGAGUUGGCAAAAGAUUCUGAAUUACGAUCACAAAGUUGGGAGAGAUUUUUGCCACAGUUCAAACAUAAAAAUGUGAAUAAACGCAAGGAACCAAAGAAGAAAACUGUUAAGAAAGAAUAUACACCAUUUCCACCACCACAGCCAGAAAGUCAGAUUGAUAAAGAAUUGGCUAGUGGUGAAUACUUUUUGAAGGCAAAUCAGAAGAAGCGGCAGAAAAUGGAAGCAAUAAAGGCUAAACAAGCAGAAGCCGUCAGUAAGAGACAAGAGGAAAGAAACAAAGCAUUUAUUCCACCUAAAGAAAAACCUGUUGUGAAACCUAAGAAAGCUUCUACUGAAACUAAAAUUGAUGUGGCCAGCAUCAAGGAAAAGGUUAAGAAAGCAAAGAAUAAGAAACUGGGCGCUCUUACUGCUGAAGAAAUUGCACUUAAGAUGGAAGCAGAUGAAAAGAAAAGAAAAAAAAAGUAACAUACACAAAACUCCUUGACUAGAACUAUCUCCUUUUGUAAAGGAUUUUGAGAUACCAGGCAUUAAUUAGUUGCCUUAUUUGUGAGAAAUUUUCUGAGUUUUGUUCAUAAGUUAUUGUAAUUUUUUUUGAAAAUUUUAUACUAUAACGUGGUAUGUAUGUCUUUGUAUACAUUAUGACCAUUGUGAUUAUCCAUUAAAUCCAGUGACAGAUGCCAUUGAUCAAAUAUAAUGAUGUCUCAGUAUUUGGUGCUCCCUCUCUAAUGAUAACAAGUAAACAUAUAGGUUUAUCUCUUUUGAAAUUUUGAUCAAUCCUUUAAACAAUCUGCAAGCUGAAAAUUAAGCCCUCUGAAAUUAGAUCUCCUAGAUACUCCUGUUUUCUCAAUCUGGGGAAGUGGUAAAUCAGAGACACAUCAGAUUGCAGGAAAACCAGACAUUUAGAGUCGAAGCAGCAUGUAAACGAUAAUAAUUUUUUUAACUAAUGAAGGAAACUGGAGUUACUAAGAAUCACCUAAAAAAGUGCUACUGUACCUUGCUCAUUUUGUAGAUUUGGAAGUUGAAACACGGGUUAGGUUACUUACUGGAAGUCCACAUGUGGCAACCUGCAAACAAUACUUAUUUAUAGAGUUAGGAAGUUUCUUCUUUUGAGUAAGAGUAUUGCUGCAACAUAUUUUUUUUUUCUGAAAUGUUUUAAAAUAGAAAUACACCUAAUUGUUAUUGGUUAAAAAAAAGCCAUAUGUGAAUAAGGUUGGUUUUUUUUUUUUUUUUUAAAACUAGAUCAUAUUAGUCCAAAAGAACUAAAUUAGGAUACUUGUGCUGUAUCAAAAUGGUAAUUAUAACAGACAGCAACAGAAUUACUGAAUUAACAAUGAGAAAGAGAGAAGUAUAUCUAUUACGUGGAUAAAUGGGCCAGCCUGGAUACACAACAGAGUAGUAACCUGUGGAAAAAAACAUAGAAUAUCCUCUUAGACACAGUUCCUCAAAUUGCACUGACAGAAUUCACAUAGCUCUUUAUAAACAAGAUUGAUGUACAUACGUUUGACGUUGUCUCGCUGUUGGUUAACUGUAAGGUUAGGGAGAAGAAAAAAAAUUGAAAGGGUAGGUAUAAGUGAGGGUUUAUUUUAAAAAGCUAAGUCUUUAAUUAUAACCAUUAACUUGCAACUAACUUUGUACUUUUAAGUUGAUUUUUUAUAUAAAAUUUUAUAAAAAGGAAACUAUACCAUUACUAUAAAUGGAAAAUCAUAUUAUACAUCAUAACUAGCAGGUAAUAAAAUUUAAAAAAUAUUAGAAAUCAUGUGAGAAAUUUAUUAAAAUAUAUUUCUAAAACUAAGUUCCCUCUUGAGAAGAAAUACUGUUUAUGAUGAGUCCACAGUGAAAAGACAGUAACAUCUCUCUCAUCCAGUCUAGUAUAUCAUGAAAUCAUCAUUAUGUUGUUUGGCUAUCAAAAGUUAUUAGUUACUCCCCUCCUUUCACUGAGCCUUAUUCAGAUUUUGACAUUCAGAGCACUGGGAAGAAAUAAAUUCCAAACUGCCUUUAGCCUUCUGGAUAUUUUCUUUUAUGAAAUAGAAACCUUUUCCACACCAGUUCUGCAGCAGUCAUUUUUCUACUCAUGGUAGAAGCCAUCAAGAAUCUGGUCCUCUGGGGACUUGUGAGCCUUCCUGGUCUGUAUACCUGGGAGUGGCUUUGUCUGUGGUGAAUUACUGUAAAGAUGCUACCCUCAUUUUCUUGGCAAUUAUGUCCAUGAAAUCAAGAGUGUGAUGUUCUACUUAUUUUUUCUUAUAUUUUUAAAUGUUCAACAUUCAACUAUUGAAACAAAUAUGCAUCUGUGCACUAGCUAAAAUCAUCUUAGGUACCACAAGCAUGCCCAGCACAUUUUGUAAAGCAGUCCUGAUUUGGCCUCCAGGGGUAUUUAUUGAGCUACCAGCAAUAUCUAGGAGACCACAAAGGAAUUUAUAUUCCUGUGCUUGCCAUAAUUUGUCAGAGGUGGAAUCUGUUAAAUAAAAGCUUUUACCCUCUAAA